UCAAUCCUUAAACAUUAUUUCACUUAGCAACUCAUUUUUCUCCAUAUCUUGUCUUCCACCAAUCGCUUGACGCAACUAGACUUUCACGCUUGGCUCAUCAUUGUCGUCUGAGCAUACUCAAUAACCUUUUACUUCUUAAAGUGAGAGUUUUCGACAAGAUGGCCCGUAGCACAAUGAGAAUUGCGCGGACUGCGAAUGUUUAUCAAUACACAAGAUUAGACACAAAGAAGCAGCAGAUUCGUCUCCUGAAACUAUCGCGACCUCCAUCUGCCGCGAACGUACUACCCGACCGGAAUAUGAUCCACUGCGAACUCGAGACGUUCGAUCUCGAUACUGUACCCGAACAUAUCGCUCUGUCAUACACCUGGGGUGAUGCAUCGAAUAAUCAACAUAUUAUCGUAGGCAACAAAGCAAUGGCCGUUAGAAUGAAUUUGUUCGACUUCUUAUACGCCUUUCGCUCAGAUGAUGCCAACAUUCGCCACCUCUGGAUCGACCAGAUAUGCAUCAACCAGCAGGAUACAGCGGAACGCAACCAUCAAGUUCGCUUGAUGGCUAGAAUUUACAGUGGAUGCAUCUACGUUAUUGCUUGGCUUGGUUUAUCUUCGUCAAGAGCGGCACGAAGAUAUUCGAAGAUCAGAAAUGCCGCAAAUACAAAGGCCAUACUAGAAAAUCGCUACUUCACACGUCUCUGGAUUGUGCAGGAAGUGUUGCUACCAAAAGAGGCACGCAUCUUAUGCGGUGAUACCUGGAUACACUGGGAUACCCUAAAGCAAGCUGCAUUGUGGGCUGAUUAUCUCGAGCACCCAACACUCCGACAGGUGACGUGGCUGCUAACUAACCGUUACGCCCAUUCAGAGCACAUUGAGCCUGGGUACAAGCAUCUGCUUGUCAAUAUGCUGAGCCAAUUCUCAGGUAUGGGCUGCGAAGACCCUCGAGAUAAAUUAUACGGCAUGCUAGGCCUUGUCUCGGAGGAGCUCCGUCCUGUUGUGAAUUAUGACAAUACUGUGGAACAAGUUUAUCUUGAUACCAUGAGGAUGCUUGGAGUAUGGCAUUGUCUGCAUGCCUCAAAUUGGUGGUGGCAAGAUCUGCCGUUAAGAAUGGGUGUGUCCCUGGCUCAUGUCGUAUCCAUGCAGCCUUUCAUCACUGACCUGCUUGCUUGCGGGCGGCAACCGAUUGAAACACUCCCGUUCUGGACUCUGCACAUGGGCUACGAAAAAGCCGAUUCAAAAUAUCAUGGGUUGGGUCGUUGGUGGUACGAAUGUGGGGGCGUCCGGCAUUAUUACGAUUGUAUUAUGGGAGCGUCUGAAGACUCAGAAGCCGUUUUGUGGUCGCUACUUGAUGCUACUUCUGAACGAGGCUCACGGUAAUGCCGGGGUACCCCGCAGCGUCGCGUAUCUGCCCCGGAAAUUCACCCAACUCCAAAUUUCCCGACCCGCCACCUCGGGCGCAAUUCUUCCGUCAAUUCCAUGUUGC